UGGGCCCGAAGUGGCACAGUCUUUGUUUCUCUUCCAAGGAAUGGUGAAAGGUAUGCACUUUUACUUUGACCGAAGAUUGUCUCCUCGGCAUAUAUAUGACUAGCCUCCAUGUUUGUUCCUUUCCAUGCUAAAUAGCACAUGUUAAUACAGCAUCAUACCGAGAAUUGAAGAUUACAAAUCAAAGCCACCAUGAGUGACACUAUGGCUAGUCUGUCGAGUGAUUGGGUGCAUCAACAGGCCAGCAUUCAUGGACAGGCAACAUCUUCCUUUGGAUUCUCGGAUGCCACCAUUGUUAAUGUAACAAGUGGUGCAUCUGAUCAUAUCAUAAAUCCAAGCAGCUCAUCGAUUACGUCAAGUACUGGUGAUCAGAGGUUGACCCCUCAAGGUUGUGUGUCGAAGCCAAUCACAAGGAGGUCUAGAGCUUCAAAGAAGUCGCCAGCAACCCUCAUCAAUGCCAGCACUGCUAAUUUUAGAGCCUUAGUGCAACAAUUCACUGGCUGUCCUCCUAGUACCUCAAUUUCAUUUGGGAGCCACAAGGGCCCAAUCAACUUGAAUUUUGGACUCGGAAGUGCACAAAACCAUAGCUGUGCUACUGCAGAAACGGAGCCUCUUGGAAACAGUUAUUAUCAUAGACGACUAUCUCAGAUGCAGCAACCGAGGCAAAAUGCACAGCAACUGCACCAGGACCAAGGAUGCAAUGUUUCACUUGAUAAUCUUCCUAAUAGUAAUGCUUACUUCUCGGUUUCUAGUGACCUUGGACCACAUUUAGAGAUGCCGGCUGAUUAUGGGCUUUACAAUAUGGACGAUAUUGCUCUGCAAGAGCUUGUUAACGAGUCUUUCUCCGAUGAAAACAUGAACAAUAUCGAUUGCUUUUAGGGAUAGUACUUAACCAUAUACCAGACGAGGUAUUGUUUUCAGGAUCUCCCUCUCUUAGAGAGCCAUAUUGUAUGUUUAUCCAUCAUUUUCACACGCAUGUAUGCAAAGAAGGGUUAUUUUGUGUGGUUGUAUUGAAACUGCUGGCAUGACAAACAAUUUUAAGAUGAUUAUUUGUGAUGA